UUAGUCGACUGACCGCGCCGAGCUCCCAGUCGCAAACUGCUGAGACCCCUCGGCCCUGUGGUUUCUCUGGCAGGAAUCAUAACGUACAUAUCGAUAUGAAGUUAUCAAUCGCAGCCGCCGCGACGGCCCUAUUCGCCCUGGGCGCCCAGGCCGACGUCGACCCUAUUGUUAUCAAGGGCUCCAAGUUCUUCUACAAGACCAAUGGCACGCAAUUCUUCAUGAGGGGUGUGGCUUAUCAGCAGGAUAUCAAUUCGAACACCUCGCAGACGGAUACGUCCAUCAAGUACUCUGACCCCCUCACCGACACCACCGCCUGCAAGCGCGACAUCGAAUUUCUAUCGGAGCUGAAGACAAACACGAUCCGUGUAUACGCUAUCAAUCCAGAUGAAGACCACGACGAGUGUAUGAAUGCGCUGGCAGAUGCGGGCAUUUAUGUCGUCGCCGAUUUGUCGGAGCCUGGCUUGUCCAUCAAUCGCGAUAACCCUGAAUGGAACACUCCGCUCUAUGAGCGAUACACCAAGGUCGUCGAUGUUAUGGCUAAGUAUACCAACACGCUCGGUUUCUUCGCCGGUAACGAGGUCUCGAACGCCAAGAACAACACCUUUGCCAGCGCCUUCGUCAAAUCGGCCGUGCGAGACAUGAAGGCCUACAUCAAGUCGAAGAACUACCGCACGAUUGGUGUUGGAUAUGCCACCAACGACGAUGCCGACAUCCGCGAGGACCUCGCCGCCUACUUCGACUGCGGAAAUCGCGAGGAUGCUAUCGACUUCUGGGGCUACAAUAUCUACUCGUGGUGUGGUGACUCUUCGUUCACCGAAUCCGGCUUCGACGUCCGCACCAAGGAGUUUGAGAGCUACAAUGUCCCCGUCUUCUUCGCCGAGUACGGCUGCAACACUCCCCGCCCCCGCUUGUUCACUGAAGUCGGCGCCCUGUACGGCAAGCAGAUGACGCCUGUCUGGUCCGGUGGUAUUGUUUACAUGUACUUCGAGGAAGCGAACGAGUUUGGUCUUGUGUCCGUCAACAACGGCAAAGUCACGCCGAACGAUGACUUCGACAACCUCUCCAGCGAGAUCGCCAAGGCUACGCCCAGUGGUGUCCAGAUGAACUCUUACAACCCCACCAACACGGCUGCUGCUUCCUGCCCCUCGGUCGGCAGCGACUGGGGCGCCGAAGCUACUCCUCUGCCACCGGUCGCCAAUGCCCAGGCGUGCAGCUGCAUGAUGGACACCCUCGGCUGCACGGUCAAGGACAGCAUCGACGAGGACGACUACGGCGACCUCUUCGGCACUCUCUGCGGCUUCGAAGAGGGCAAGUACUGCGCCGGUAUCAACAGGAACAUGACCGUCGGCCCGUAUGGUGCGUACGGCAUGUGCGCCCCCAAGGAGCAGCUUGCCUUCGCCCUCAACGCCUAUUAUGUAGGACAGAACAAGGCGUCCGAUGCCUGCGGCUUCAAGGGCUCUGCAACUAUCAAGGCUGCUGCCUCGACCACGGCUGCUAGCUGCUCGACGCUCCUCGCUCAGGCCGGAGAGGACGGAACUGGUACCGUCACUGCCGCUCCUGGAGCCGGCGCUACCGGUAGCACGGGCGCUGCUCCCGGCAUCACUAUCCCGCAGGUGCAGUUCGGCGUGCUGGGUCUUGGUGUGUAUAUUCUCGGCGCGGCCGCGUCGGGUGUGGCGAUGAUCUUGUUGUGAGCAUUUAGCGACUACGGUUGAGUCGAGCUUUUGCAUAGCAUGGACGGAGCAGUUGGAUCUUUGGUUGCCUUAAUUCAAGCCAAGCCAAGUAGUUGGAUAUCCCC